AUGCCGUUCUUUCGUCCUCUGUCCAUCCCCGCCGCGAUCAUCCUGCUGCCCUUUGUGUUCCUGCUGCAGCACCCCGUGAAGCACUGGGACGGAGUGGGCUACACCAACGACGCGUGGGUCGUGGCUCAGGUGUGGGAGAACAGCAAGUCCACUUUCAUCUUCGGUGCCAGCUCCGCCCUGGCUUCGCUUGUGUACAACAUCCUGCAGUUCAGUAUCGUGCAGUAUCUGUCGGCCACCCACGUCGCGUUCGCGGGCAACUUCAACAAGGCCGCCACCGUGCCGCUCGCCCUGCUGGUCGGCAUCGACCACCUGCCGCAGGCACCGUAUGGUGCCAUCAUGGUCGUUUCGGCCAUCAUCAACAUCAUCUCCUUCGCCGCGUACAACGUGGUCUCCGGCGGUGCGGGAGGCCACGGUGGGGCGCCGGCGGCCAGCAAAGAGAAGGAGAAGGAGCCCAUGAAGGACGCCGAGAGCAGCGAUGACGACGAGGACGAGAGCGAGAGCUCGGAGGGCGGCUGCUGCUGA